UCGAGAUUGGGACAAGAUGUCUCACUACUCUCAUCACUAUGCUACGCACCGCGAUGACUAAUGUUACAGAAAUAACAUUCUUAAACGGACCAGGUUGCCUGUCGCAGGGUAUCAUUUUUUCCAGUUUUACAGAAGGAGCCGGUGGAUUGUUUUGGAGCUCGGCAAGGGACUACAAAAAUGUCAUCACCAACGAGCUUUACCUGGCCACUUCCGGUUACCUCUAUGACGUGACCCAAGAUACCCAAUACUUGACGAACCUCAAGAACACAUGGGAAUGGUUCAACGCUUCGGCCAUGCGAGGCAGUAACGGACUGUAUAACGACGGUCUCACCAAAGACGGGCUAUGCGCCAAUAACGGUCAGACCCAAUGGACCUACAACCAAGGCGUCGUCCUCGCCGGUUUAGGUUUCCUUUACAAAUAUACCCAGGACGAAAGCGCCACUACCACGGCAUGGUCCAUCAUGGAGCUUCCCAAACUCGAGGUUCUGUACUUCGAUGGUUCAAUCGAUCGGAAUUAUUGCGAGUCGGAACAAGUGCUGGAGUUCGUCCAAAGCCGUUAUGGGAAUGGAAAGGGACCGUUGAAAUCCCUGCACAUCGAUUGCGAGGCUAUAUAUCCGGAGGAAGAAGAGUUGCUCUUCUACGAUGAAGUUUGAUGGUUUUAUUUGGACGAGUUGAAAGUCUUCGUCGAUGACGG